CAGAGAAAACCCGACAUUUACUCAUAUAUUGUUGACGUCAUGCCCUGUCAUGGCCACAUACCCUUUCUCUCUCUCCUCUUUCUUUCCUUAAUUCAAUCGUCACACUUCUUUUUCUUCUUUUUUUGAGCUUCUCUCCUUCUUCUUCUUCUUCUUCAUCACCAAUAACAAGGAACGGGUCAAAAUUAAAAAUGCAAUAAAGAAACUUUCAAUUCUUGCAUCAAAUUGCUAACUUUCUUUUUCUUUCUCUUUUUCCUUGACAGAAAUAAGUCAAAUAUCCUUUGAGAACACAUAGACAAAGGAGAUUCAAAAGAAAAAUAUAAAGAGAAAGCAAAUCCUUCUGUUCCUUUUAUUUCCUUUUCACUCUUGAAUUGUUAAAGCUUAUCUCAAAGGCUAAUAAAGAUAUUAUCUUUGGAAAUAAAGAGAUUUAGAAAAAACCUGAUCUUUGGUGAGAAAUGGACUCUGAUUUUUGGACUUCUCGUAUUGCCGCCGCCAAAAGGCAGUACACUUUGCAGCACCAUCACCAGAGCUAUCACUUGGAUCGACUGAACAUAGAUGAUUUCGAGGUAGAAGACGAGGUCAGACCUGAUUUCCCAUGUCCUUAUUGUUACGAGGAUUUUGACAUCACUUCUUUGUGUUCCCAUCUUGAAGAUGAGCACUCUUGCGAAUCUAGAGUCACCGUUUGUCCUAUUUGCUCUGUUAAAGUCGCACGGGACAUGCUAAGUCACAUCACUCUGCAGCAUGGACACUUGUUCAAGUUGCAGAGACGUCGGAGGUUACGAAGAGUUGCAAUUCCCAACAGUCAGGCAUUGUCUCUCCUUGGACGGGAUCUCCGCGAGGCACAUUUGCAAAUGCUGUUAGGGGGUGGUGGUGGAUAUAGGUCAAACAAUGGUAAUGUGUCUAAUGCAGCUACUGACCCAUUCCUUUCAUCACUUAUUUUGAAUUUCCCUACAUCUGAAGCUGAAGAGAUUUCAAAAUCUGUGGUAACAAGCGUGGGAGAUGCUCCUGCAAAAACAGCAGCACCAACAAAUAUGUGGAGAUCAAGUUUCGAUCCUUCUUUGAGUUAUGAAGAAAGGGAGAAAAGGAUGAGGCAGGCUGCUGGAAGAGCUGGUUUUGUGCAGGAUCUGCUUCUCUCGACUCUGUUAAGCGACUAACGAAAGCAGCAAGUCCAUCUGGGAAAUAAUGGAUGAGAUUUAAAAUCUUUGAUAAGAGGUAUCUCAGGGUGGGAGUUUUAAUUGUUUGAUAUUUGCUCAACAAACCCAGUGCCUAUUUCAUUUGAAUAUCGGAGCAGUUCCAUGAAUGCUGGAUGAUAGAUAGAUAGAUAUUAUUAUCUCAUCCUAGUUCCUCCUUGAAAAUUGAUGUACUACCUUCUGCAGAAUGAAUCAUCUUCUAGUUUAUGGAAAUUUUUUAUCUUAUGAAAGUAUUCCCAUGUUGCAACAUUAACACCUUUGAAUUAAACGCCUAGUCUGCAGCAGCAUUAUGCUCUAGUCCUCACAUUUAAAUGCCUCAUAACUCAGUGUCUUCUAUGUCAUGCUUUGCGGACUAAAACUUGAAAGAAGGAUGAUGUUACUUUUCUGUGUUGGUUAAUGCUAGGAAGCUGACUUUAUCCUAUCGCUGAUGAAUGAAAUUGAAAAUGGCACAGCAAAAAUUGUAACUUUAAAAGAACUAUCAGAGUGCAAAAAGCUUUUAAAAAAGAAGGUAGGAAGUUAACAAGCAACUUAAUGGUGAGAAAUGAAAGUAACUCUGGCGUUGAAGUAUUAGAAUACUCGUAAAAAUAUCCAUUCAUGACCUGUCUUUGAUCAUUUUUCUAAAAAAUAACAAAUUUUAGAAAAAGGGAAGAAGAAUGCUUUCUAUCCUUUUAUUUUUAUUUUUAUUAGCUCUGGUUGAAUGACUAAUUAUCUGAAUCACUUGAAAUUGGUUUAGUGGUAACCACUUAAUAAAUAAAUAGUCUUUAAGUUAGUGUCAGCGGUUAUAUAAUCUAUGAGAGAACAGGAAUGUCAUCAUUGGACAGUCAUGAACAAACAUAUGCCUUAAAACAAUGAUCGGUGAGCGGCUACAGACACAGUCGGUGCCGCCAAAAGGAAAAAGGCCCAUUUAACUUGAUAGUCAUUAAUUAUUAAUAAAACAGCUACAAAUUCACUGUCUAUUUAUUUAAUCUUUUCUGUUUUUCACCAAACGGUGUAUUCUGGCUUCAUCACUCACAAUUGAUCCGUACGUUAAGCAAAACCAGGAGGCAAAUAGUUGAUAGCGUUGAAAGAAUACCAAAAAUAAUAGAAGUUGGUGGCGGUGGGUCGGUCUGGUUAUCAUUCAAUCACUUUUUGCGUUGUUUGUUUGUUUAGAAGCCAUAAAAACCAACAGCAGAGGAAAGAAGAUGACAAGCCCACUUCAAGUUGGACUGUCAGGUCUAUCAUCACCACAAACCCAACAAAAAUAUAUUAAAAGAUACCUCCUAAAUUUCCACGCUUUAUCUGCUGGUCCCGCUACUACUGGUGCUACUACUAAUCCUCCCAAGUUGUCUGUUUGUUCCUCUUGCAGCGAUCUCCAUCCAUCCUGAUAUCUCUCUACUGAUUAUUACAUCCAUCUUUUUCUUUUUUUAAGGUUUCAGGGUCUUAUAGAACAGAGUGUCACUCACCGUUGGUUUCAUUAACAAUUAGGGGCCAUGGUGGUGGAGAUAUUUGUCUUGGGAAUGGGCUGUACUGGAGUUGUGAUGUUCCUUCACGGAGCUAAUUUCUUCUUUCACGUUCUGUCUCAUCAUCUAGCCUUUCGUUCUCUCAGUUUUCUGGGCUAUGUUGGAUGGUGAAGUUGAGGAUAGUUCUUCAGGCAAAGUAUUGAUGGUAGCUUGCACCUGCCGUGCUCUAUGUAUAUAACUUUGUUUUUUAGCAAAAUAAAAAAAUGGUAAGUGUAAUUGUACAAGGGCAAGCACAAGUGUAAAACCCGAAAUAAUGGACUACUACUCUACAUGAGUUUUUGUUCUAAAUGUAGAUUUAUUUUACA